AUGGCUUCUAUGGGAACACCGGCUGUGGUCAUGGACAACGGUACUGGGUUAACCAAGUUGGGUUUUGCAGGCAAUGACUCCCCAUCUUUUGUUUUCCCAACCGCAAUUGCUACUGCUUCCGCAUCUUCGAAAACCACCAAGUCCAACAGUAGUAACAAGACUUCAUUUUUAUCAUCAAAGAGAGGCUUAGAAGACUUGGAUUUUUUCAUUGGACAUGAAGCUGUGAACGCUGCUAAUGGUCCAAACUAUAACUUGUCAUACCCUAUCAAGCAUGGUCAGAUUGAAAAUUGGGAUCAUAUGGAAAGAUUUUGGGAAAAUUCUAUUUUCAAAUAUUUAAGAUGUGAACCUGAAGAUCAUUAUUUCUUACUUACUGAACCUCCAUUGAAUCCACCUGAAAACAGAGAAAGUACAGCUGAAAUCAUGUUUGAAUCAUUCAACUGUGCUGGGUUAUAUAUUGCUGUACAAGCUGUAUUGGCCCUUGCAGCUUCAUGGACUUCUUCCAAGGUUCAAGAUAGAUCCUUAACUGGUACAGUUAUUGAUUCUGGUGAUGGUGUCACCCAUGUGAUUCCUGUUGCAGAAGGGUAUGUCAUUGGUGCAGCAAUUAAGAACAUUCCUCUUGCUGGUAGAGAUAUCACCCUUUUCAUACAAUCUCUUCUUAGAGAUCGUGGUGAAGCUGAUACUUCAUUACAAACUGCUGAAAAGAUUAAACAACAAUUUUGUUAUGUUUGUCCAGAUAUUGUAAAAGAAUUCAACAAGUUUGAUCAAUAUCCACAAGAGAAAUUUGCUCAAUAUAUUGUUGAAUAUGCUGAUAAAAAUAAGAAUAACGUUGUUGAUGUUGGAUAUGAACGAUUUUUAGCACCAGAAAUUUUCUUUAACCCAGAAAUUUGUCUGUCUGAUUAUUUGACUCCAUUACCUACCGUUGUUGAUCAAGUCAUCCAAGCUUCUCCAAUUGAUGUACGUAAGAAGUUGUACAAGAAUAUUGUAUUAUCUGGUGGAUCUACCAUGUUUAAGGAUUUUGGUAGAAGAUUACAAAGAGAUUUGAAAGAUUUAGUGAAGGAAAGAAUUGAAUUAAGUGAAAGAUUAAGUGGUGUGAAGAGUAGUGGUGUUGAUGUUCAAGUUAUCUCACAUAAGAGACAAAGAAAUGCAGUAUGGUUUGGAGGUUCUUUAUUAGCACAAACUGCUGAAUUUAAGAGUUAUUGUUACACUAAACAAGAUUAUGAUGAAUAUGGACCAAGUAUCGUUAGAAACUUUUCUUUGUUCUCUGUACCAUAA